AUGAACAACAACAUUAUUCCUACUUCACCCAAAUCCGCCGACGGCGGCCAACUUCCGCCAGACUCUAAGCAGUUACAGCGCCUCAAAGCGCCCUACCGUUUUCCAGACGUGAUUUUGUGGAAGCUCUUCGUUAUUCUCUUCUUCGUAAUAUUCGCCGUCCUUCUACUCCUCAUGUUCUGGCUCUCCGCGCAGCCGAAGAAGCUCCGAUUCUCCGUCGUCCGCGCCACAAUCGACGGCGGCGGCGGAGGCGGUUACAAUCUCACCGGCGGCGGCGACCGCCUCAGCACCGGCGACCUCCGCCUCGUCCUCCGCGCGGAGAAUCCCAACCGCCUCGUCUCCUUCUACUACGAUAAAAUCAAUGCGACGAUUUGCUACGGGAACGAGACGCUCUCCGGCGGCAAAAACCUUCCGCCGUUCCGGCAGCAGCGGCGGAACGUUACGGAUCUGGAAUUGAGGUCGGCGGCGAGGGAUUUGAGGGUGGAGAAGGCGCCGGGAGAUGCGGUCUUCGAUGUGAAGCUGUUCGCCGGAAUCCGGUGGAAGAUUGGGCCGUUCAAGCUCCGGCGGUCCUGCCGGAUACGGUGCUUGUCGGUUAGGGUUCCGUUUGGGUCCUCCAAAAAGAGCUUCAAUGAGGUUCAUUGUCAUGUAUAUACUGAUGACUAA